AUGUCGUACAACAAACCUACCAGCCCACCCCCUUCCUAUCCCGCCCAGACCUACAACAACGAGGGCUUCCAAUCCCCCGCUCCUCACGGUGCCUCUCAAGACUACUACGGAGGCGCACAAGGUGGCCAAGGUGGCUAUCCCCCCCAGCAGGGCUACUACCCACCGCAACCCCAGGGACAGAUGUACUACCCUCCCCAACAAGGAUAUCCUCCUCAACAAGGAUAUCCUCCACAGCAAGGGUGGCCUCCACAGCAACAGCAAGGAUACUAUGCCGAUAACCGAGGCAACGGUGGUGGUGGCUCCGGCGCAGGCGGUAUUUGCGCCGGUAUCAUGGCUGCUUUCGCCUGCUGCUGUUGCUUGGAUGUCUUGUUCUGA